GUGGCAGGACAGUGGCAGGACGGUGGCAGCACGGUGGCAGGACAGUGGCAGCACGGUGGCAGGACGGUGGCAGCAGUCCCGGGGGUGGCGGAGCCGCUGGAGCGCGGGGCUGUGCCCGGACAUCGGGGCAGGGCCUGGCAGCGGUGCCAGCAUGGCUGAGCAGGACCCGGCCACAGGCUGCCCACGAGGGAAGCAGCAGCUGCCAGCUUUCACCUGGGAGGUGAGGGCCAACGACCGCACCUACCACAGGCAGGCCAGGAAGAGAUUUGCCUUCUGCCUGAGCAAGAGGAAAUACUCGGGCAAUGCCAUCCGGACAGCCAAGUACAACGCGCUCACCUUCCUGCCCCUGAACCUCUACGAGCAGUUCCACCGCAUGGCCAACCUCUACUUCGUCUUCGUCAUCCUCCUCCAGACUUUCCCCGAGAUCUCCACGCUGCCCUGGUACACUCUGCUGUUCCCCCUGAGCUGCCUCCUCAUCAUCCGGGGGCUGCGAGACCUCAUCGAUGACAUUGGCCGUCACCGCAGUGACAGGAGCAUCAACAGCAGGCCCUGUGAGAUCCUGGCUGGCAGGAGGUUCUGCUGGCAGGAGUGGCGCGACAUCUGCGUCGGGGACAUCGUGCGGCUGCGCAAGGACAGCGUCGUCCCGGCUGACCUGCUCCUGCUGCGCAGCUCCGAGCCCAGCAGCCUGUGCUACGUGGAGACCGCUGACAUUGAUGGGGAAACCAACCUGAAGUUCAGACAGGCCCUUCUGGUCACCCACCAGGAGCUGCAGAGUGAGGAGAGCAUGGCUGCCUUUGAUGGGCGGGUGACGUGCGAGGAGCCCAACAGCCGCAUGCACGCCUUCACGGGCGCCCUGCGCUGGCGGGGCCGCAGCCACGGCCUGGACGGCGAGCGCAUCCUGCUGCGGGGCUGCCGCCUCCGCAACACCGCCCUCUGCUACGGCCUGGUGCUCUACGCAGGGUUUGAUUCCAAAAUCAUGAGGAACUCUGGGAAGAUCAAGAGGAAGAAAACCAAGCUGGACCACCUGAUGGACCGGCUGGUGAUCGUGAUCUUCCUGCUGCUGUUGGUGACAUCCCUGGGCCUCGCUGUGGCCUCUGGGUUCUGGGCCAGGACGUUCCAGGAGAAGCACAGUUACCUGGCUGUCCUCUACCAGCACACGAGCCCUGCCCAGCAGGCCUUCCUCAACUUCUGGGGCUUCACCAUCCUCCUGAGCAUCAUCAUCCCCAUGUCCAUGUACAUAACGUUCGAAUUCAUCUACCUGGUGAACAGCUGUUUCAUUAACUGGGACCUGGAGAUGUAUUAUGGUGCCAAGGACAUCCCAGCCGAGGCCAGGAGCACCAGCCUCAGCGACCAGCUGGGCCAGAUCCAGUACAUCUUCUCGGACAAGACAGGCACCCUGACCCAGAACAUCAUGAGCUUCAAGAAAUGCUGUGUCAACGGGACCAUCUACGGUCCAGGCACAGGCCAUGAGAACAAACAGCCACUGGGCUCGGGGCUGGGCCAGGAGCACCCCGGGGAGCAGAACUCGGAUGUUUGCGAUGUGACGCUGCUGGAAGCCGCCCAGAGGGACGAUGACCCCGUGCUGAGGGAGUUCCUGAGGCUGCUGGCCCUCUGCCACACCGUCAUGGUGGAGGACAGGGGCGACCAGCUGGUUUACCAGGCAGCCUCCCCAGAUGAGGAAGCGCUGGUGUUGGCAGCCAGAAACUUGGGCUACGUCUUCCUGGCCCGGACUCAGGACUCCAUCACCAUCAGGGAGCUGGGCAGGACCAGGACGUACGAGGUGCUGGCCAUGCUGGACUUCAACAGCGACCGCAAGAGGAUGUCUGUCCUGGUGCGAGACCCCCAGGGCACCAUCCGGCUCUACACCAAGGGCGCCGACACCGUCAUCCUGGAGAGGCUGCGGAGCCGAGGGCCCAAGGAGACCCUCACCGAGAGGGCUCUGGACCGCUUUGCAGAGGAGACGCUGAGGACGCUGUGCGUGGCCAGCAGGGAGGUGAGCGAGGCCGAGUUCCGCGCCUGGAGCCGCAGGCACCGCGAGGCCGCGGUGCUGCUGCACGGCCGUGCCCAGGAGCUGGACAGGCUCUACGAGGAGAUGGAGCAGAACCUGCAGCUGCUCGGGGCCACAGGCAUCGAGGACAAGCUGCAAGAAGGAGUCCCCGAGACCAUCCAGCUGCUGAAACUGGGCAACAUCAAAGUGUGGGUGCUGACAGGAGACAAACAAGAGACCGCGAUGAACAUCGGCUACGCCUGCAGGCUGCUGACAGACGACAUGGAGAUCCUGGAGGAGAAGGAGGUCAGCGAGAUCCUCCAGGCUUACUGGGAGAGCAACAACAACCUCAGUGGCCGUGGGGACGCCCCGUGCAGCCGCCGCCUCUCCCAGCAGCGCCCAGAGACUCCGUGCCACAAGAGAGCCAUCAUCAUCAGCGGGGACUUCCUGGACAACAUCCUGCACACAGGAGAGGUGCUGAAGGAGAAGAAGGGGUGGCCGUGGCGGUGGCUGUGCUGUGGCAGGGCUGAGGCCCUGCAGGACCAGGCAGGUCUGCUGGAGAAGGCCUUUGUGGACCUGGCCACCAGCUGCCAGGCCGUGAUCUGCUGCAGGGUGACCCCCAAGCAGAAAGCCCUGAUGGUGCAGCUGGUGAAGAAGCACAAGAAGGCUGUCACCUUGGCCAUCGGGGACGGGGCCAAUGAUGUCAACAUGAUCAAAACCGCAGACAUCGGGGUGGGCAUCAGCGGGCUGGAGGGGCUGCAGGCCGUGCAGUGCAGUGACUACGCCCUGGGCCAGUUCUCCUUCCUGCAGCGCCUGCUGCUGGUGCACGGCCGCUGGAACUACCUGCGCAUCUGCAAGUUCCUCCGCUGCUUCUUCUACAAGACCUUCGCCGGCCUCCUGGCCCAGGUGUGGUUCGCUUUCCACAGCGGAUUCACGGCCCAGCCUCUGUAUGAGGGCUGGUUCCUUGCACUCUACAAUAUUUUCUACACUGCCUACCCCGUGCUGUCCGUGGGCCUUUUCGAGCAGCAGGAUGUGAGUGCCAAGAAGAGCCUGGAGUUCCCUGAGCUCUACGUGGUCGGGCAGCAGGAUGAGCUCUUCAAUUACCGUGUUUUUGGUGUCACCCUCCUGCAUGGGGUGGGCACCUCCCUCAUCAGCUUCUACAUCACACUCUGGGCCUUUGAGGACCACGUUGGCACCAAGGUGGUGGGUGACUAUGAGUCCUUCUCUGUCACAGUGGCCCUGUCAGCGUUGCUGUCGGUCCUCGUGGAGAUUGUCCUGGACACUCAGUACUGGACAGUGCUGUCCUUCCUGAUGGUCACAGCCAGCCUGCUCCUCUUCUGCCUCUUCUCUUUCCUGACCCAAACGGUUGAUGCCUACAGGAUAGCCCCUGCCAUCUUCCGCUUCCCAGAUGCCAGCUGGAAUGCCCUGACUGACCCCUAUGUCCUGCUCGUGGUCCUGCUGUCCCUGGUGGUCAACACCCUGCCCUCGCUCACCGUCCACGCCGUCCGUGCCAUCCUGGGCAGAGCCACCACCCAGCAGAAGCUCCUGCUGCAGGCCAGGCGGGACGCGGAGCCCGCGGUGCAGCUGCGCUCGCACGUCCCCCGCGGCUCCCUCCGCCGCUCCAGCUACGCCUUCUCCCACCAGGAGGGCUACGCCGGCCUCAUCACCCGCGGGGACAGUCUGCGUGCCAGGGCCACCCACGGCACUGCCCCGCCUGCCCUGCGCCCCCGGGGCACCCCGGCUGCGCCCUCCUGCCAGGGGCCACCCUGACUCCUGUCUGGUGGCCUUGCAGAGGGGCUGGCCCAGCCGGGGGGGCUCCUGCUGCGGGCUCCGUGACCCCCACGCUGGGGGCAUGUGGCUUUGCAGAGCUGUGCAGCUGUGACAGCCACUGCCCGCUGCCACCAGGCUCCCUGCCCAGUGCCACCAGGGUCACUGACCAGUGCCACCAUGCUCCCUGACCAGUGCCACCAGGGUCA